GGAGGAGCCGCUGCAAAAAUGACUCAGUAAGUUCGGCGGCCGCUCGGCCUCUGCGCCUCCGGUGCCAGCGCCCCGGGAUGUAUUCCUCCCCGCUCUGCCUGACCCAGGAUGAGUUCCACCCGUUCAUCGAGGCGCUGCUGCCGCACGUGCGCGCCUUCGCCUACACCUGGUUCAACCUGCAGGCGCGGAAGCGCAAAUACUUCAAGAAGCACGAGAAGCGCAUGUCCAAGGACGAGGAGCGCGCGGUGAAGGACGAGCUGCUGGGCGAGAAGGCCGAGGUGAAGCAGAAGUGGGCGUCGCGGCUGCUGGCCAAGCUGCGCAAGGACAUCCGGCCCGAGUGCCGCGAAGACUUCGUGCUGGCCGUGACCGGCAAGAAGGCGCCGGGCUGCGUGCUGUCCAACCCGGACCAGAAGGGCAAGAUGCGGCGCAUCGACUGCCUGCGCCAGGCCGACAAGGUGUGGCGCCUGGACCUGGUCAUGGUCAUCCUGUUCAAGGGCAUCCCGCUGGAGAGCACGGACGGCGAGCGGCUGGUGAAGGCGGCCGCGUGCGCGCACCCCGUGCUGUGCGUGCAGCCGCACCACAUCGGCGUGGCCGUCAAGGAGCUGGACCUGUACCUGGCAUACUUCGUGCGUGAGCAUGACGCGGAGCAGAGCAGCAGCCCCAGGACAGGGGUGGGCUCCGACCAGGAGGACAGCAAGCCCAUCACGCUGGACACCACAGACUUCCAGGAGAGCUUCGUCACGUCGGGCGUGUUCAGUGUCACGGAGCUGAUCCAGGUGUCCCGGACACCUGUGGUGACCGGAACCGGACCCAACUUCUCCCUGGGAGAGCUGCAGGGCCACCUGGCCUACGACCUGAACCCCGCCAGCGCCGGCAUGAGGAGGACUCUACCCAGCACCUCCUCCAGCGGGAGCAAGCGGCACAAGUCGGGCUCCAUGGAAGAGGAUGUGGACACGAGCCCCGGCGGGGACUACUACACCUCACCGAGCUCGCCCACGAGUAGCAGCCGCAACUGGACUGAGGACAUGGAAGGAGGUAUCUCGUCCCCGGUGAAGAAGACCGAGAUGGACAAAUCUCCGUUCAACAGCCCGUCCCCCCAGGACUCCCCCCGGCUCUCCAGCUUCACGCAGCACCACAGGCCCGUCAUCGCGGUGCACAGCGGGAUUGCUCGGAGUCCUCACCCGUCCUCAGCCCUACACUUCCCUGCGACGUCCAUCCUGCCGCAGACAGCCUCCACCUACUUCCCCCACACGGCCAUCCGGUACCCGCCACAUCUCAACCCCCAGGACCCGCUCAAGGAUCUGGUGUCCCUGGCUUGUGACCCGGCCACCCAGCAGCCUGGACCGCCUGCUCUCCGCCCGGCACGUCCCCUGCAAACCGUCCCUUUGUGGGAUUAGGACGGAGGGAUCCUCUUGCGGGACAGUCCUGGUACCUGGGGUAGCCAAGGCCGCCUUCCCACGCCUCCAUUGCCGGGGAGUCCCAGAGGUGAUGGCCCCAGCCUGCAUCUUCAGUGGGAAUUAGAACGAGCGAGAAGCUCCCCGCCGACUCCCAGCGCGACGGAAAAGACAGACACGCAGGAGGAGAAAAGGACAAAAGACAAACAGGAAAAAACAGAAAGAAAAAUCCUUCCCAACCGAGACGACAAAAGGUGGGAGCUGCGGGCCCCUGUGGCACCUGCUGCUGAUGGACGGCUGCUCGCAGCCCUUCUGCGCCCCGAGGACCCUGCCAUCACCCCCAGACCAGGCGAGCCCGGCCUGGCACCCACGCCCGUCACCAACAGAUGGACGGAGUGGACGGGGUGGGCCACCCGCCGGGCCACCUCUCCCCAGACCCCUGCCGCCAGCCACCAGCGCCAGCCUCGGGGACCUCCGCUGACCGUCCGGCCGACGGUGUUUGCCAAAGACAGGAGACUGGAGGCGGUGCUGGCAGAGGAGGUGGGACGACCCGCGGGCAGUGGAGGCCUGGAGAGGGCGCGGAGCUGCCCAGCGCUGGCCCUGCUGGGGACAGACGUGCCACAGGUACUUUGGGACCCCCGGGAGGGUCCUGCGUCAGCCUCCGCCUCGACCCCGGUCCCCUCCUCUGGACCUCUUUGGAAGGACACAUCUCUCUAUGCAAUUAGUCCCCAGCCCCCCACCCCCACCCCGGCAUGAGAGGCCACGCAGCUCCCGACCCGGCCUCCUCCUCCCGCACAUGGAAGUAUCAGCACUUUGAGAACGGAGGUGGGGAGCUGGGACCCCACGCCGAGGCCCCCGGAGGCGGGAGGUGCCGCGAUCUAAGUGCCUAACCCCUCCGCCCACCUGCCGACCCCCUCGUCCAUCAGGGACACAGAGUGGCCGGGGCACCCCCACCCUCGUCCCUGCGAACCCAGCUCCUCAUCGCCGCGCGCCCUCCGAGCUAGAGAGAUGGGACCCCAGGGGUAGAGCUGGGUGUCCCCAAACCCAGGCUGGGGCCAUGCGCUAUCCCCUACACUUCUGCCAGUGCCUUACUUCCUGGAGACCCACCCUGGGGUGCCCCACUGCAGGGGGAUACCCCCUUUGCACUUUGACCCCCUGAUGACGUGGGGCCCGGCACAGGGACCAAGAAGGCUGGUGGAAGUGCACUCGGACCCCAGGUGGGAGGGCUCUGCGAGUGACGGGGUGCCGGGGUGGCGGGUCCCCCAUCUGCUUUGCGGACUUCACUAACCUAAAAAAGAACACUAAGAUGGAGGCGCGAGGUCCACGCCUGACCCCCGCUCUGCACCCCAUCCACACCCACCUGGGUCCCCAUCUCGGGUGGGCUGCCCUGGGAGGGGAAGUUGAGUAUUUUAGGGUCCCUCCUCCCCAACCACCCAUCUUGGCCCCUUCAUGCCUGGGUCCUGCCCAUGGAGGCCGCAAGCCAUCAUCCCAGCAGAGCCCCCAGGGCCAGGCCCCACCCACCCGCUGUCCUCCCAGGGAUGGGGCGAGGCCACUUGGACGUACCAAGCCCCCCAAGACGCUUCCCCAGCCUUGGAGGCCUCGAACCCCCACCCAUCUGUCCGUCCGUCUGUCCUCAGGGACCCUCCAGCAGGGGGGGACCAUUGGGGACAUCGUGGAGGUCACUGUCCAGGUGUGGGGCUCAGGCCAGUGGGUAUGGGACAGGCUGUCCCCAGGGUGGACCUGGCUGGUCCCCUCUGACGCCCCCCCCAAGGCAGCCAGCCGGGUCCCCCAGGGGUCAGGACAGAACCAACUAUUUACCUAACUGCAUGGUGCUUAAGGCCCCGCGACACCCGAGAGUCCCCCGGGGCUGCUGCGUGCAUGACAGCUCCACCCGGUCUGCCCCGCCCCGCCCGCGCCCCUCACCGCCUCUACUAAAAAAGGAAAAAAAGGAUACACAAAAAAAUAUAUAUCCUUACCAAAAAAAAAAUUCCAUUUCCGAAUUUGCACGAACUUUCUACCACAACAUGUGCCUUGCUCUCCCGAGGACAAGUAUUAACUUUUAAAUAAUAUCCGCGCACACAGACGCAUGCCCUGCACGCAUAGUUACAAACAGACAAGCGAUUACAUGAAAUAAAAAAUAAAAUCCAAAA